UUCGUUGGGUUUUGUUUGCUUUUAGAUGUAGAUCCAUCUGCAUCUCUCAGAGGGCUGCUGGGUUGUUUUGAUCUUCUGAUCUUAAUUUAUCUUCUAAUCUAAUCUGCAGCUGGAAUUGCUUAAGAUAUGUAAACAUAUCCAUAUUUCCCCUUUUGGCUUUUUAACACUUUGGUUUUCAGUUUAUUUACUUUUGCUGGUUUGUUAAUUUGGAGUUUCCCUCUUUUUUAAUGUAUAGAUAAUUGUUUAGGUAAUAAUCUAUCAGGACUGACAGGGCUGAAGCUGAGCGCAUCAGGCUGAAGGUUGAGUUGGGCGCAGCUCUCGGUGCCACCGCCUCUCUGCGCGCUUCUCCUCUCGGUGGAGAAACUUCAGCUCCCACCCGAGCUGUGGACGGAGACAGAAUAACAUAUACGAAGCGGAUUUUAUUUUGUUUUGUUCUGGAGAAAAAAACAAACAAACAACCAGCAGAAAAAAUGGGCUGCACGAUCAGCGCCGAGGAUAAAGCUGCGGUGGAAAGGAGUAAAAUGAUUGAUAAAAACCUACGAGACGACAGAGAGAAAUCAUCCAGAGAGGUGAAACUGCUUCUACUCGGUGCCGGGGAAUCCGGGAAAAGCACUAUUGUCAAGCAGAUGAAAAUCAUCCACGAAGAUGGCUACUCAGAGGAAGAGUGCAAGCAGUACAAAGUGGUGGUGUACAGCAACACGAUCCAGUCCAUAAUGGCCAUCAUCAGGGCAAUGGGGCUACUAAAGAUAGAUUUCGGAGAUCCUGUCCGAGCGGAUGAUGCACGGCAGCUGUUCACCCUGGCGAGCACAGCGGAGGAAGGAGUGAUGUCUCCGGAGCUGACCGGUGUGAUCUGCAAGCUUUGGAACGAUAGUGGCGUGCAAGCUUGCUUUGAUCGUUCUCGAGAGUAUCAGCUAAAUGACUCGGCGGCAUACUAUUUGAAUGCCUUGGAUAGGAUCUGCAAACCCAACUACAUCCCGACUCAGCAGGAUGUGUUGCGCACCCGCGUAAAGACCACUGGGAUCGUGGAAACUCACUUCACCUUCAAAGAUCUAUACUUCAAAAUGUUUGACGUUGGUGGUCAACGCUCAGAGAGAAAGAAGUGGAUCCACUGUUUUGAAGGAGUCACAGCCAUCAUUUUCUGUGUAGCGCUCAGUGACUACGACCUUGUCUUAGCUGAGGAUGAGGAAAUGAACCGCAUGCAUGAAAGCAUGAAGCUGUUCGACUCCAUCUGCAACAAUAAAUGGUUCAUUCUCACCUCCAUCAUCCUCUUCCUUAACAAGAAAGACUUGUUUGAAGACAAGAUCACCAGGAGCCCGCUUACUAUCUGCUACCCCGAGUACACUGGUCCAAACUCUUAUGAUGAUGCAUCGGCUUACAUCCAGUUACGGUUUGAAGACCUAAACAAACGAAAGGACACAAAGGAGAUUUACACCCACUUUACAUGUGCCACAGACACCAAGAAUGUGCAGUUUGUGUUUGAUGCUGUCACUGACGUCAUCAUCAAGAUCAACCUGAGAGAGAUUGGACUCUACUAACGUUCCUGCUACCAUCCAGGUGAUUUGAAGAAGUCUGGACAUCUGGGAUGUCUUAAAUAAUCGGCUAAUAUUUUUUAUCAAAAGACUAAAAUUGUGGCCAUGCAUUGAGCUGGAUCUACAAAGCACCUCUGGCCGCUUUUCUCUCAGUAAAUCUUCCAAUUGGGUGUGAACUUGGAGAAAGCAACCUAGAGAGACUUGUGACAUAAUUACUGUGAGUUCAGAUGUAUUUAAUAUCUUUUGGUUAUUCAAACACAUUGAGUCUCAGUUGCAUUUGCUUAUAGUUUAUAGUCUACACAAGGACCAAAAAUUAUCGUUUCAAAGAAAACCCAUCACAAUAUUCUGCUCACAUUUCCGUCAAGAUGUAUUGUCUUAAAUAUCUGUUUUGCUUUGGAUGACUUCGACCUUUUGUUAAGUUUUAUUUUAAUUAUUAGAUCCAGUUUAUAGAUGUAAUAUUCCUACUUUUGGAUUUUUGGCUUUCUUAAGUUUUGUUUUUAGAAAGAUUUUGAUGUGAGCAGUUUUUAUAUAUUACAUAUCAUGCUAUAGUGGAAGUUUUAGAGUAGAUAGUCGGUGCCCAAUGAAUAGACUAUAGGUGUCUAACUGAUUUCAAAAUAGAACAUAGUGCAGUUAACAACAUCUUUAAUCCUGAAACAAAUCUCUGAUUAAAUCAGUUUGAAUGGACAUUUGUAUUUUAAUUCAAAUGUUUAUUGCCAUUUCUUUUUUUUUUAUUGCACUAUAAAUACAGCUAUCUUAUGUUGACCACAUAAAAUGGGUUGUUAUUUUAGAAAUGUAAAGGAUGUUUUAUUACCCUUUAGCUAUUGUAACAUUUUCUUUUGCUUUGCUGUUAUUAUGAAAAUAAUAUUUGCUUAAAUGCCAAUGCAGUUAUAUAUAAAGUAAAUAUACCCUUAGUGCUCCAUUGUAUUUAGGAGGUAAAGCUACAGCUUAUUUAAUACCUUCCCUCAAGAUUGAAUGUCUCAGCAAGAUCAGUAGACUCCAUCUUUGGCAAUAUAUGAAAAAUACUGAACAAGUAUGUGUUGCAGAGAAUUUGUCUUUGCUCUUAAAGGAAUUCAGCAGAAAUAGUUAGACCGAUAUGUUGUGUUUGACUGAACCGUGAGACUCUUUUGGUUUGAUGAAAGCAACGUAGACAUACUUGGCCAUAAUAAAAAGACACUUUAUUUUAGAAAACCACUGUCAGGGAUGGCUGUUGAAGGUAUAUCAUUUUGGCUUUUUCUUCAACCAUAGGAUUUGACCACCUUUCAGUCAUCAGGUUAAUCAUCAACUCGUCUGAAUACCAAAAUUCUUAGUCCAGGAGAAUGAGCUUAAGCGAGGCUUGCAUUUGGUGAUCAAUACCAAUUUUAAAAUAAUAACUACCUCUUUUUUUUAGUGUUUAGUGUUUCUAUGUUUUUAGUGUACCUACAUUCCAAUAUUUCCUCCGCAUUUAUCCGAAGGAGCAGCUUUUUGCAGCAACCAGCCGGAGCAUAGUGGGGAUUUAGUCAGAACCCAGAGUGGCAGACUGUGUGUCCUCUCCAAGACAAAAUGCCCUGCUAAUCCAACAAUAAUAAUAAAAAAAAAACAACAACAACAGAACUUCUUAAGGUGUCAUAAAUAACCUAUCAGAGUCCAGCGCUGGACCUGAUUGACUCCUCAAAAAAAGCUGGGCAGAAACUCAGCAUUAUUGUUGCUAGAAGAUAUUCUAUAAUCUACUGAAUAACUGGGUUUACUGUUUAUCCAUUGACGGCACUCUGUGGAAAGACUGCCACAAACAGAUGAUUGCUUUGAGUUUAAGCAGAUAAUAAUUCUAAAAUCAUUUACUGGUGUUAGAAAAUUGUUGGCCAAAGUACUGCGCUACAGAUGAUGUUAAUAUGAAAUAUGUGUGCUUGAAAAUAAAUUGGAGGAUAUCUUCUGACAAAGAUCGUUAAGGGAAUGUUUUUUUUUUCAACUUUAGAGUUACAUCUGUCUCAUCUAAGCGUUAUUCGACCGGCUGUUGUAUAAAUGCUAAAGCUUGUAAACAGCAUGACAGCAAAAUAAAGUCUGACUUCUAUUAAUCCAUAGGCCCCAGGGUAGGAUAAA